UGAACAGCGGCUUCACUACAGACAUGCGUCAGAGCGUAAACACCGCACGUUGUGUUCUGGUACCAAUAAACCUGCUAUUUAUGGAUAUUUAGACAAAAGAAUUUUGUGCACUUUGAACGGGAACCAUGAGCGCCGCGUUCUGCUUUGUUUUGGUUGUACUAUUCUCAGCGGCUUUUUGCACGGACUUUGAAGAGAGACCCAGCAGCUCCAGGAGGAGUGAACAAACCAUGUUUCUGAAGAGACACAAAUCACGAAAUCUGCUCAGUUUGAAAGAUUUACAGGAGCCAGACCAUGUCAAGAUCAAAAGGAGUGAAGAAUCCGCAAAAAAUCAAUGUCAGUCAUUGCACGGCUUUGAUUCUACGUUAAAAAACAAUACUCAUACGCAUAAUUUCAAUGACCUGAGUGGCACGGUGUCUCUGGCCUGGGUUGGAGACGGCACAGGGGUUCUGCUGGUGCUGACCACAUUCCAGGUUCCUCUUUUUAUCAUGCGGUUUGGUCAGUCCAGGCUGUACAGAAGUGAAGACUAUGGAAAGACAUUCCAGGACAUCACCGACCUCAUUAACAACACCUUCAUUCAGACAGAGUUCGGCAUCGCGAUUGGUCCCGAAAAUUCUGGGAAGGUGAUCCUCACAGGCGAUCUAACUGAAGGAAGAGUCACUAAAAUUUUCAGUUCGGUUGACUUUGGCAAGAGCUUUGUGACCUCAGAGCUUCCCUUCCAUCCGUUAAUGCAGAUCACAUACAACCCCAGAGACAGCAACAUACUCAUGGUCUACAGCAUCAACUAUGACUUAUGGCUGUCUGAAGACUUUGGGGCAAGCUGGAAGAAGAUCCAUGAGACUGUAUGUCUCAUGAAAUGGGGAAUUGAUGACACCAUUUUCUUAACCACAAACCCCAAUGGAUCCUGCAGUGACCGGGGAACGCUUGAGCUGAGGAAAUCUGUAGACUAUGGCAAAACAUUCAAAACUAUAGGAAGCAGGAUUUAUUCCUUUGGCUUGGGUGGACGCUUCGUUUUUGCCUCAAUCAUGACCAACUCGGGUUCCACACGCAUGAUUCAUGUCUCAGUAGAUCAGGGGGAGACGUGGGAUAUGGCUCAACUCCCCACCGUUGGACACGAGCAGUUUUACUCCAUUCUAGCCGCAAACACUGAUAUGGUCUUCAUGCACGUAGACGAACCUGGAGACUCCGGCAUUGGUACCAUAUAUGUGUCGGAUGAUCGAGGUAUAGUGUUUUCCAAGUCUCUGGAACGUCAUUUGUACACCACUACAGGCGGAGACACCGACUUCACCAACAUCACCUCUCUGAGGGGCGUAUAUAUGACCAGUGUGCUCGCCGUGGAUGGCUCUGUGCAGACAGUGAUCACAUUUAAUCAAGGUGGAGAGUGGCGACCACUACAGAAACCCUGGAACGGAGAGUGUGACUCUACUACUGAGCACCCGGACAAAUGUAGUCUGCAUAUUCAUGCCUCCUACAGCAUCUCUAUGAAACUGAACGUGCCCAUGCAGCCCCUCUCCGAGCCCAAUGCCGUGGGACUCAUCCUGGCACAUGGGAGUGUGGGAGGUGCAGUUUCUGUGCUUUCUCCAGACGUGUAUGUGUCUGAUGACGGGGGUUACACAUGGUUUCAGGCACUGAAAGGCCCCCAUCACUACGCCAUACUGGAUUCGGGAGGACUGCUUGUAGCGGUGGAGCACAACCCCUCGCACCCCAUAUCACAGAUCAAAUUUUCCACUGAUGAAGGUCAGUGUUGGCAUGUGCAUAACUUCACCGAUGAUCCAAUAUACUUCACUGGCCUGGCAUCGGAACCUGGUGCCCGUUCCAUGAAUGUCAGCCUUUGGGGCUACAGGGAGACCGUCCUGAAUCAGUACUGGGUUUCUGUCACUGUCGACUUCAGGCAGUUGGUCUCUAGAGACUGUCAAGAGAAUGACUACAUCCAGUGGCUCGCUCACUCAAGCGAUAUUAACGACCCCACUGAUGGGUGCAUGCUGGGAUACAAGGAAAGGUUUUUACGGUUACUAAAGGACUCUGUCUGCUGGAACGGGCGGGAUUACAUUGUCACCAAGGACCCCACGACUUGUCCCUGUACUCUCACCGACUUUCAGUGCGACUUUGGAUUCUAUCAUGCGGAAAACAGCUCUGUGUGCGUGGAGCAGCCCGACCUUAUUGGCCAUUCACUGGAGUUCUGCCUGCACGGACGCAAAGAGCAGCUUCAGACCAGCGGUUACCGGAAAAUUCCCGGGGAUCACUGUGAAGGAGGAAUAACUCCAGAACGAAAAGAGAUUGAUCUGAGUAAGAAAUGCGUUAGUAAUUUGCUGAGGACAGAGAUACUGACACCAGAGCAUUCAUUCAAUACAGCUCUUAUAAUCGCCAUGGUCAUCGCUGUUCUGUUGAUCAGUGCCGUUGCUGGCGUUAUUUUCAUCAAAAAAUAUGUCUGUGGAGGAAGGUUCUUGGUGCACAGGUACUCCGUAUUACAGCAGCACGCUGAAGCUAACGGUAUCGACGGCCUGGAUGACCUGGACACACUGGAGGGUGGCAAGACACACUACCAUGAUGAUUCAGAUGAGGACCUCCUAGAGUGACAGACUCAAGGAUCAUCAUAAGACUGUUUUAAAAAGAGAGAAACCACAAUGCCUACCCUUGCCAUGACCCUCUAUCGCGUGCGUAUCUGCGUUCCAGCACACAUGAGACACAAUCUGACCAAUCGAUUUGCUUCUGGCUACUUGGGGACAGAUUUUCAGCUAUUCGGCAAGGAAUGCAAGGACAGAAAUAGAGAAAAACGCGCAUUUUCGUAAAAAACUGCUCCCGAUGGAGUUUUCUAAUCCUCUUCUGAAAGAGUUUCAGUCUUCUUAAUCACUUCUUAUUAUGUGUUUGGGAUGCACAAAGGAUUUGAAGCAAUUAUGUUUCCAUAUAUUUCAAGUUGAUGCACAAAAUCCGAUGGCCGAGGAGUAUUAUUUAACUAAGUAGUACUUUGAAGGCCGCCGUAAUUGGAGUAUAAUUUACAGAAAAGAAGAUGCAUCAGACACGAGCUUUGAAGCGUGGUUAAAACUGAUGUAAGUGCUUAUUUCUUCAUUGCUGGUUUCCUGCAUCAGGUAUUUAACGUCACCAAAGGAUUUUCAGCUUUGUUUUCUUCGUUUUUCAUAUUAGGAUGGUUUUGAAGUCUGUUUUUUUUUUUAUCCAUUGUAAAAAUAGAAUUAUCUUCUGAAAAUAGCCUGCUCAUUAUUUUCAGAGUAAAUGUGGAUGAAGGUGAAGUGUAUAAAAGUAAUAUUUAAUAUUCCCUGGAAGCUUCACAUGUGAGCUUCACGAUAGACUGGGACUUGUUUAUAAAGUUUGUAGGCUUUAUUAUACUAACAUAACAUCCUGAGGAUUACAGGUCAGACCUUUAGGAAACUAGUUUAGUCAAGCUUUAGUCAUUCCAUAAAUGAAAUUUGACUUUGUCUUCUGUUUUGUUGCCUGCCAUUGCUGUGUGCUUAGAUAUACUAUGCACUUGGCAUAUCUUCUAUGCACAAGUAAUAAUGCAUUCUUCCUUUUCAGUAUUACCAAUGCUAUUCUCUGAUGGUACAGUGUCAUUUGUUGCAAGAAAAGAUGGCACAUUGCGUGGUUUUCAAUCAUUUUAACAUGGCGCACCUUACAUUAUGGAUCUUAGAGAUGUAGUAGUAAUGUGGUAUCAGUCUGACACCUUGUUGCUAAGUCAGCAAUAAUUGUAUAUUCAAUAACAAGACAAUAUUUAAUGUUAAUUGUGACAUUGUUUUUUUUCCAGAACAACUCAUCCUUUAUUAGGAUGUCAACAACAUUAAGUGCAUCUAAUUAGCAGAAUAAUCAAAUAUGAAAAUGUCUAUCUUUUUGGUUUAUAUUGACUGUCAACUCAUAAGCUAAUUUGUAGUCAGUAAGCUCAUUAAGAUAUGAGUCCAUUUCUUUUUCCUUUUUUUUUUUUUUGCACAGAAAAUAAAAUAGAUACCUCAGGGGUUAUAGAUGACAGUGGACCACACAUUUCAUUGAUGGGUUUGCAUGUUGAAAACAGGGUCCUCAGGUUUGGGAUGGGUGAACUUGGCUUUUCUGAAGUCAUGUGUAAAAUGCUGUACCAUUAAAUGUGACUGCCAACAAAAUAAAAACAAAAUAACUUCA